GAAUUAGACGAACUUUUAAUUUUUAAGUAGUACAACUUAAUGACAAAUGAGGCAAGCCUUUUACGAACUUCAGUAGCUCAAUCGAACAGCUGAUCGGAUAAGCUCGUUCGUCUUUGUUCUCCAACGAAAGAUAAAAUUUCUUUGGUGUAACAAUGAAUAAUUUAUACAAUAAAUAAAUAAAUAAAUAAACGACAUCAAUAGUGAUGAUCAUCAUAAAUCCGUAACAUUCGUGCGCUUUCUGGAUCAAGUGUGACCUAACCUCAUUUUUAUAUGCAGCUCGGCGAACGUAAACCGUGCCAAAAUGAUGCAACAAUACAUGAAGGAGUUGGAACAGGAUCCGUUCGAUCCUGAAGAAUUCGUCGAGCGACUGGCUUGGAGAACUGUCAACGAUAACUCGAAAGAUGGAGGAAAGACCUUUUUUGAUCCUGUUAUCGUUCAUGAAACAUUCCUGCAGGCAAUUAAAGACCUACAGAUACUACAGGAACGUCAGCAAAAGAAAUGUGACAGGUUGGAAGUUGCGCUGAAGGAAGAAGAGGCCCGACAUACGUUCGAGAUAUUGGAAUUGCAGGAGAGAAAUAGACAUUCCAUCGAUCUGUUUCAUCAGUUGGACGAGAGAAUCAAUCUCGUGGCUACUAAAGUCUUGCAUUUAGGGGAUCAGUUGGAGAGCGUCAAUACACCGAGAGCGAGAGCAGUGGAGGCUCAGAAACUGAUGAGACACUUUUCGGAGUUUCUCAGUCCUGGCCCAUUGACAGAUCCGAUCUUUACGGACAAGUCCUCGUUGAACGACGCGGCGGAUGUGAUACAGAAGCUGCAUCUCAUAGUACAGGAACUACCCUCUGAGAAAUUUGAGCAUGCCAAGAAGAAGAUCAGCGUCAAGUACGAUGAGAUUGAGCGGAAUUUAAUCGAGGAGUUUGUGAGGGCGCAUAACAGAGAGGAUGCGGCACGCAUGAAGGAGUUGGCAGGCACCUUGGCGCACUUCAAGGGUUACUCCCAGUGCAUCGAUGCGUUUAUCGAGCAGAGUCAGAUGGGCUCGUUCGGUGGGAAGGAUGUUUUUCAGGAUGUCAUACCGAUGUGCACCAAGUAUCACAAGCUUAUGCAGCAGGUGUUCACUAACCCUGAGCAAGUAAUGGCAAAGUUCGUGCUGAACAUUUAUCAUCUGCGCCUGCAGAAGUACGCGGUGGCUAAGUUGGCCGACAAAACCGACUCUGACAAAUAUCUCAGAAACCUGUAUGACCUGUACACGCGAACGGUCAAGCUGUCCAACGACCUGAGGAUCUUUAAUAUGGGCACCGACGAUACCUACCUCGGCAAACUCACCAGGAACAUCUUUCAGAAAUAUUUGGAUACUUACAUCACUAUCGAAACGAAGGCGUUCCGGGAGAAAUCGGCGGCACUACUUAUCGAGUACUACGAAUCCAAGAAUCAUCAGAAGAAGCAACUGCAGACGGGCGGCUUUCAAGAGUUGCGCAGAGACCUGCAGGCUGUGCUGGGUGCGAGAACGAACAUAAACAUCGCUCAGAUCGAAGACUACGGCGGAGAGACGUUUCUUUCGGAGGAGCUGGCGAUCGCGAUACUACAAAGAAGUAAACUCGCCUUCCAGAGGUGCCAGUUGCUCUCCCAACCGGUCGACGUACCCGUGAACGCGCUCCAGAUCCUGGAGAUACUGCUGCAAUAUCUGAUAAGUGAGCACGUGGACUACGCACUAGAAUUGGGCCUGCAGAGCGUGCCGAUACCGGAAAGCAGGACCCAGCCGGAGAUUCACUUCUUCAACGUGGUACACCAAUGCAACGCGAUCGUCCGGCUGUUGGAAGAGCAGUUCAACGAUAGCGUGUUGCCUCUCGUCUUGUCGACGCCUAAGCACGCUGAUUGUUUGUUAAAGAAAAAAGCGAUAUUAGAACAGAUCGACGUGAAGCUGGACACCGGCUUGGACAGAAGUAUAAACGCCAUCGUAGGCUGGGUGAAGAUGUACCUGCAGAGCGAGCAACGGAAGACUGAUUUCAAGCCGGAAACCGACGUAGAUACUGUGAACACGCCGGCCUGCCUGAUAGUGGUUCAAUACGUGAGCGGCAUGAUACGGUUGAUACGAAACACUCUGGACGGCAGGCACUUGGACACCGCUCUGAAGGAGCUGGGCAUCCGUUUCCACAAGGUGAUCUACGAUCAUUUGCAACAGUUUCAGUUCAAUUCGGCUGGUGCUAUGUGCGCGAUCUGCGACAUGAACGAGUAUCGCAAAUGCAUCAAGGAGCUCGAGGUUGAGUUCGUUACGAAUCUCUUUGAUACCCUACACGCAUUGUGCAAUCUGCUGCUGGUGAAGCCAGAGAACUUGAAGCAAGUCUGUACGGGAGACCAGCUGAUGACACUCGAUCGUACCGUUCUACUGAAUUUUAUUCAAUUGAGAACCGAUUACAAGACACAAAAGUUAGCCAAUUGCUUAAAAGGUCUAGCAACAUGACGCAUGCAACUCAUGUAAAGAAAGGAUGCUCGAUACUCAGCCCAAGCCCCUCGUGAGUCAAUGAUGUGAAUGAGAGGUUAUGAGUUUGAAGAAUCAUUGAAAUAAAAAAGUCGUCGUGACAAUAUUUGUAUUUGUUUAGAAACGCGGCGAGCUUUAUCGCCAUCGGGGACAAUCCCUGUAUGCAUUGUAAGAUAUACAUGCAAAGUA